GUUGGCCUGGACUUUUAACCCGCCACCAGGACAAACUAUUUCCCCGCUCCACCGGAAUGGCGGAAACCGGUGGACCAACCCGAAUCUGAUUUUCUUGUUCAACACGAAUCUUCUAAUUCUUUUAUCUCUUGAACUUCAACGCCAUUCAACGCAUAACAUUUUUCUUAAAACAUUUUCAAAUUUCGCUGUAGAAAAAUACUUUGCAGUAAUUUUGAGUUCAAGAUGAGAAGAUUCAGCUGGCUAGGGGUAUAUCGGCGGCAUUUGCUAUCAACGACGGCGAGGCAAUCAUCAGUUGAUGGCGGCGUUUGGCGGAGGGGACUCUCUGUGUUUAGCGAUUCAUUAAUUCAAGAAAGAGGUAUACACAGUCGUAGCUCUGUUAUCCGAAAACAUGUUGAUUUCAAGGAGUUCGGGAAGCCAUUGGGAGGGCGCUAUAUUCAUGCAACAGGAUCAUGCUACUUUGCUAAACAAGACUAUUAUGAAAUUCUCGGUGUGUCCGAGAAUGUCAGCCGAGAAGAGAUUAAAAAGGCCUAUCAUGCCCUUGCCAAGAAAUUCCAUCCUGAUGCAAAUAAGAAUAAUCCUUCUGCAAAGAGGAAAUUUCAGGAGAUCAGAGAUGCAUACGAGACUUUGCACAAUUCUGAGAAGAAAGCAGAAUAUGACAGGAUGCGUGCUGCAGGUUUGGAAGAUGCAGGAUAUGCUGCAAGAAACACACAAGACUUUAGAUAUGCCUCUCGAAAUGACUUCUCUGAUUCAUUCCAAAAGAUAUUCUCUGAGAUUUUUGAUGAUGAGAUAGAUCAAUUUGCACAAGAUAUUCAGAUGGAGUUGUUGCUUUCUUUUUCUGAAGCUGCGGAAGGAUGCACAAAGGACUUAACUUUUGAUGCAUAUGUUCCCUGUGAUUCUUGUGAUGGGCGUGGCUACCCUCUUGGUGCCAAAAUGAAAAUUUGUCCAACUUGCGGAGGCACGGGAAGUGUCACAAUUCCUCCAUUCACAACAACAUGUGGUACUUGUAGAGGGUCAGGACGGAUAAUUAAGGAAUACUGUAUGUCAUGCAGAGGAUCAGGGGUGGUUGAAGGCGUUAAAAAGGUCAAAGUUUCAAUACCAGCAGGCAUGGAUUCUGGAGAUACAAUACGUGUACCUGGAGCUGGUAAUAUUUCACGAAGAGGAAGUCAUCCUGGUGACUUAUUCAUUAAACUAAAGGUAGCUGAUGAUCCCAUAUUUUCUAGAGAUGGGGCAGAUGUUUAUGUGGACUCUAAGAUUAGCUUUACUCAAGCCAUCCUUGGUGGUAAAGUUCAGGUGCCAACAUUGUCAGGGAAAAUAGAAGUGAAAGUACCAAAAGGAGUUCAGCCUGGCCAACGUCUUGUUGUAAGAGGGAAAGGAUUGCCAAAGCAUGGGUUUUUUGUUGAUCAUGGAGAUCUGUUUGUCCGCUUCGUUGUUAAUUUCCCCACUGCAAUAAAUGAACGUCAACGUUUUAUUUUAGAAGAAUUUGCAAGGGAGGAAAUUGAAAAUGAGAGGAACAAUUUUGUUAAAGGCAAUUGCUUGCAUUUCACAGCAUUUAUGAUUUGUCUUGCAUGUCAGUUGGCUAUAGUGCUGCCUGGAUAUCAAGAAAACCUUUUUAUAAUUUACUCUGAUUAUGAUAAAGACCCUAAAAUGGACAACAGGCUUCACCAGCAGCUAUCUACUGGUUGAACUUACAGGUGGCAGAAACUUCAUGAGCAUGUGAGGGGUCCUAACUUCAUGAUUGAAUUUUCUCUGUUCUUGCUGAUUCUGCUCUUCCUGAACAAGAUCACAGGCUAAACUGUUGCCCAAUGGAGAUAUGCCUGAAAAUAGUGAAUGAUAUAGGACAUGCAGCCCCUCAUUUUUUCGGGGGAGUUGUAUCAAUAGAAGGUACCAAUUUUCUCACCCGAUUUUUUUGGCAUCGCAUCACAUCAAUGCCUCUACUGUGCUUUUCAUUUUGCAGUAUUUCACACCAUAAUUGUUGUAUAGAACUUGUUUCUCAGUUAUAAAAAUAAAGUUGCUCAAUUUAA